AUGAUCUCUAUCUACACCUGCAUUGCCUUCAGAGAGUUGCCCACUGUGCCGCCUUUGUUUAUUUUAGCCUUUCCGGACUGCCAAGCCACUAUCUUGGCUAUCCGUCGGGACACGGGAUUUGUGAAGAGUGUCAACGAACCAGGUCUCGUCUGCGGCCUCAUUCUCGAUAAAACCCUGCUCUACGCCGAGGCGGGAGGUCAGUCCGAAGACCACGGCUUUAUCAUACAUGCCACUAAUGAGGUGGGUCCUUUCUCUUACGACAUUUAUGUCCAGCAACAUAAAAUAAGGCAGUGGGUGGCUAAUGGGAUCUGA